AUGUUCCGAGCUCAGUCCACCUCCGCCUUUGGCACUCCAUCCACGCCUUCAUUCGCCACUGGCUUCGGUACAUCACUCCACAACAAAGCCAUGGUGGUUUUGGAUUUUCGACUCCAUUCGGUGCCGAGCAAGCACAAUCUACUCCGUUCGGCGAUUGUUGAUGCUUACAAGGUGGAGCCUGGAAACCCUAAUUAUGCGUUUAAGCAUUUGUUGUUCAGUGUGACAGAGCCCGAGAAUACAACUAAGCCAGCAGGUGAAUCAGACUGUUUUGAAAAGUUUGCUUAGGCGAGCGCCUAGACGAGAAGCGAAAGUUUAUUGCCUUUAGCACUCUAGGCAAAGCGAAUGUGACUGAAACGAGAAAAAAGCGAGCGCCUUGCACUUGGGCAAAAGGAGAGAAAGAGAGCACCUUAACUAUGCGAGGGUCAGACGACGAGUGUUGGCUGCUGCUGCUUCUUCAUUGCUGGUUAGAGAUGGCGACUGCUGCUGCUGUGCCUUGCUUGUUGGUCCAUACACAGGUUUGUCUCCUUUUUUCUUCUCUCUUCUGGUUCUCUUCUUCUCGUUUCUGGUUCUGGUUCUCUUCUUCUUGCAUACCUUGUGCACAUGUUUACGCCACUUUCAAAAACCACACUCAAUUUAACUAUUCACAAAUACACCCAAAAAUCAUAUAAUACCUUCAGACACCUGUUCUGAUGAUUACUCAAUGUAAUUUACAAAGCAAUAAAUACAACUAUGAUACCUUAACCAUGCACACAAAAUUGGAGCAACACUAUUAUUCGGAUGUAAAUGAAACCCAUUUGAGCAAUUACAAUAUAAAGAAAAUAACAAAUGUAUACUUUUCAGCUACCAAAGAGAGAGACUAAUAAAGCAAUGCCUUAAAAGAGACCCAUUGCUCCAAAUGAUGACAAUCACAACAUACCAUUGCUCCAUACAAUGUGCAGAAUUAAAAAAAUGAAUUACAAGAAUCACGAUUGUAUUAUUUUAAUUGCUGCAAAACAACAAACUUGUUAUUGGGAAAACAUAGUCGCAAGGCACCCGUCCGCGAGUAAAAUACAUACUUCUCCAAUAGUUAGGAAGAACAUUUGAAAUCAGACAAAAAAAAAGAAUCAAAAUAGCAAGAACAUAUGAAAUUUACCUCAACAAAUAAAAAAAUAGAUAAUUGAACAAUAGUACUAUGGCCAGCAGAAGGCCUUGUGGAAGUUGUUAGAGCAAAUGUAGGCUGAGAUAAGGGAGUUCAUAUGACAAUGUCUUUUGUGGGCAUUUGGUCGAACAGUUGGUGAGCAUGACCCACUAGUUUAGUGGCUUUGGCGUGUGGGAUCAAAGUGUACAUGAGCUGGUGGGAAAAAAUAGAGAGGGGAGUUAAUCAAUGCAUGUGAGUGUGUGCACAGAGGUGCGGGUGUGGGGAUGUGUUGUUCUGAAGGUAGGGGUUUGAUGGAUUGGGUUGGCUAUGGGGUGGCACCGUGGUAUAGGGUGUGUGUUGUGAGUUGGGGGAAGGGAGUGAAAUUUUGCGAGAGAAAGCAGAGGGUAUGUGAGGAAGACAAAUAGUAUGCAGACAGAGAGGAGGGUAAGUUCGAAGAUUACCUGUCGUUGGUGGUUCUCCAGAUGCUACAUCAUGGAGUAUCUGAUAAGAGAGAGAGACGAUCAAUGUUUCUCCGCCUAUCGAUGGGUGCUUCAGGGAUGGGAAAGAGAGAGAGACGGGGGUGGGAGAAAGAAGGGAGGUAGGUGGGUGGGAGUGGAGAGAG